AUGGCAUCUGCUACCAAAUGCCUGCUGGGGCCUUUGCUGCUGCUGGGAUUCUGGCUUGUGCUUCUUUCGAACUGGCGACAUAACGCUGUGAACUUUGCUUCCCUGUUGACGAAGGCCCGUGAUGAUGCUGCCAGCUGGACGUUUCCGCUGGAUCCAUGCUAUCGAGACUUGAAGCUCAUCGCGUCCUCCACGUACAUGGCUCAAUCAGACAGCUGGCAAUCUGCUCCGUUUCCUGGGCACAAAUCGCCAAGGCAGGACAAGGACCAAGCUCCAUUUUGCUUGGCCCAGCGACUUCUCAAAGCUACCGGCCCUCUGGUGAUGUUUGUGGAGACGCGCUAUUUGGAAGAGUUCGUUGAUCUUCUGGAAGGCAACCGCCGCGAAACGCAGAGGUUCGUGAUCGUCACGGCGGGCUCAGAUGUUCCUCUCAGGCGUGAGCUCCAGGGAAGGCUCGCCAAGCUUCCCGGGUUCUGUGCUGCCUACGCGACGAACCUUCACCGCCCGACAGAGAGGCAGAAGGACAUGUUCCACCCACUUCCGGUCGGUUUCCUCCCGAAUCGCCUCACUGCCCACAACGAGGCGCUUCUCAUCACUUCCCGAGCAGCCGCACCACCCUGGAGUCGGCGCUCCGAGCGUCUGCUGGUGCCUUGGAUGCGUAUGCAGUGCGGACAGCGAUGGAGACGAGGCUACAGGACUGUCUUGGAGGCUUUAGAGUAUCGGGAUCUGGUGAAGGUUGUGGACAGUCGGCUGCCGUUUCCCGACUAUUUGGAGCAGCUCGGAAGCCAUCGCGUCGUCUUGUCACCUCCGGGAAAAGGCUACGACUGCACGCGGACAUGGGAGUCAGUCUGGAUGGGCUGCAAGCCGCUCGUCUACAACGACACAGACUUCGACACCCGCCACUACCAGCGAGCCUCCGUAUCGACCAUCCCACAUCCGGAUGACCUGUCGCCGGAUCUUCUGCGAAAGCUCAUGGACUCCCAGGAAGAUCCGUCUGCUUCGGAUUCCCAGCAGCUGUACAUCGAGUACUGGACAAGUCGAUGGCAAGCGGACCUCCAUGGAGCCUCCACCACUUGA